CCAUUGUUACUUGCAACGAGAACAGACUUGCCUAUGGAGAAGCUUAUGCUUCCAAUGUCUCACAACAUGGACGACUCCACCGCCUCGGGUUUGUGUCGCCUCCGCAGUCCGGAUUCCUUCGAUGAGAGGUCCGGGCACUUCCGCAAGGCCACUGCCAAGCGUGUGCUCAUGGGCUUUGGGAUGAUCUUCAGCGGGAGCCUCACUAGUCUCAUGGCUGCUGGUGGCCAGACAGGCCGCUUCCCGCGCAAGGAUCAGAUUCUCGCUGCAGGAGAGAACCUCUUUCAAGCAUCUGUGGCGACAGACCAUGUGGAUGUCUUUAUCGGCCAUUCCUGGAGUGCAUGUCGCUGCCAGAAGUUCCUGGCUUUGUGCCUGUUCUUCAACCUGGGCAUGGCGGUGAAGUGCUCCGUGGCCACCUUCCUGGUGGCGGUAGUGGCGCUGCUGAGCUCCAGAGGUAUGACGGGCCUCGGGGGCUCCUCCGCAGCCCUGCCCUGCCUUGUCUACCUUCCCAUCGCCGCCUUCUUCUUGGUGUUUAUCUUUGGGCAGCAGCUGACCGGAGGGCGAUGGGCUCCUUCGGUUUGGGUGGACAAACUCUGCAUUCAUCAAACGGACAUGGAGCGGAAGGCGGAGCAGAUCGUCUCUUUGCCCGUCUUCGUUGCGCGCUCUUCGCGCAUGCUGAUUUUGUGGGAUGACACCUACUUUGAGCGCUUGUGGUGCAACCUAGAGUUGGCCACCUUCGCACGGUACGGGGGGGCGGAUCGUGUGGAGGUGCUGCCGCUGUGGCUGGCGCCGUGGCUGCUGGGCUCCAUCCUGCUGGACCUGCUCAGCGCCUCCAUCUUCGAAUUGCUGGAGCACAUCUUCCCUAACUGGAGCGCGGCAUGGACCAACGAGAUCAUCGGCUUUGCGGAGUCCAUUUUCGGGCACAACCCGGCCAUGGUGAAGUUUGUGGCCUGGUUCAUCAUUUGGAUGAUGUCCAGCAUCGUGUACUUGCCCGCCUCCAUCCCCAGCUUCUUCACUCUGCGCAUGAAGCUGCGGAACCAUCAGCUCAUGCUGGACCAGAUGGCCGAGUUCGAUGUCCGCGCCGCGAAGUGCACUGUGGCCUCGGAUCGGGAGGCCAUCGAACAGCAGGUGAAGGACAAUUUCAGCCAGGAUCGCCUGGAGCGAGUGUUGUCCCGCCUGAGCACAAGCAAACCAGGGAAGGUGCGACGGGACAGCCUAAUCAUGUCCCACGCAGACCCAUUGGAUAACUUCAAUGACUACAUCCGGGGGCCCCUGCGCGACAAAGUGAUAGAUGAGAUUGGUAAUGAGCUCUACGUGCCGUGGCAUAUGUGCUUGACCGCCUUCCUUCCGAUGAUCUUCUAUUCCUCUGUGAACGUGCUAGGCUGUGACAAUGGUCCAUGUGAGAAAUCAGCGAUGCUGGCCGGCUACAGCUCCGCGAGCCAGUACAUGAUCAUCCAGACCAUCGGCUGGGCAAUGUGCAUAUUGAUGGCGUUUCUGCUGACCUAUCCAACUCUGCUUCGGAUGCUCAAGUUUGUUUUGACACACGUGGACGGCCCUCUGCAGCUAGUUGCAGCCUUUCUAUGCUGUCCUUUGGCGUAUUUCUACUGUUACAUCUGCGGAAGUCUAGUGUGGGCCUCACUGGUUUCCUUGGUGGAGAACUACUCCCCCAGUCAGCUCAUGCUGUUUGUGCUGAUUAUGUGCUUUUUGCUGGUGCAAGUCGUCUGCCUCUUUUCCAGAAGUUCCGGUCAUGGUGAGCCACAAAGCAGCAGCUUGCGAAAUCACGCCUACCAGAAUGCUGAAACUGCCGACUCCCUGUUGGGCGGAGUUUCUGACACCCCGUGAGUCUACAAUCGAGUGUGAGUUCAGCGCAUGUAUGGAACCGUGUUGAAGUUUGGAUUCUUGGAUGGUCUGCAUCUCUGUUGCCCA